AUGUCUGCGCUCAAGUACUUCUCUUACAAGGACUAUGGUGUCACGCUCUUGAACGAGAUGCACUACAGCCAGGCCGUACGAGUCGGCGACACUAUUGAAAUUUCCGGUCAGGCUUCAGGCGGUUGGGAUCAAAAGACAGGAGAGGUACCGUCCGACCUGUCAGAAGAGAUUGAUCAAGCUUUCGCAAAUGUGGAUAUGACAUUGAGAGAUGCCGGCGGUGAGGGUUGGUCUCAGGUCUUUCGUAUAAGGCUGUACGCACUUGAUGAAGCAUGGACGCCGGAAGGUAUGGGCCGCAUGAUAGAGAACCUGAAAAAAUGGGCUCCAAACCACGCACCGAUUCUUACAGGCGUUGGCGUAACAAAACUUGGACAGCCUGGUAUGCGUAUUGAAGUGGAGGUUUCUGCGUACGACCCAGAGAAAUGA